AUAAGAGGUGUCUAUGACACACGUAUAACACAUAUAUAACCCGUAACCCAACCCCCCUUACUGGUCCUCCAGGUUUCCCUUCUCCCCAUUUGGUCGCCCUAUAGACACAUGUUGUCUUCUCUCCACCCAACCCCCUACGCUCCAUUCCUCUCCAUAGUCAACCCUCUCGGCUCAUCCGACGUUGGGGUAUACCAUAAACUUACCUACUGAAACCCCCUUGGCUUACCCAUCCGCUAGAUCUCGGCCACCCUAGGGUUAUCUCUAUAUAUCCAGCUGCGUGUCUGUUGAUGUGGAGUUGGUGAACACGAUGGCGACCACCGACAGCAUCCUCCAGGGCGUCAGCAUCUCGGGCACCAUACAGCCCGAGCACAAGAAGAUCCUGACCCCCCAGGCCCUCGCCUUCCUCGCUCUGCUCCACCGGUCCUUCGAUGGCACGCGGAAAGCGCUGCUCGAACGACGCGUGCUACGCCAGGCCGAGAUAGACCGAGGCAUCCUCCCCGACUUCCUACCCGAGACGCGGCACAUCCGCGAGGACCCCACCUGGAAAGGCGCCCCUCCCGCCCCAGGGCUCGUCGACCGCCGCGUCGAGAUCACGGGCCCCACCGACCGGAAGAUGGUGGUGAAUGCUCUGAACUCGGACGUCUGGACUUACAUGGCGGAUUUCGAAGACUCUAGCGCUCCGACAUGGGACAACAUGAUCAAUGGACAGGUCAACCUCUAUGACGCCGUGCGGCGGGAUGUAGACUUUAAGCUCGGGCCCAAGGAGUAUAAGCUCCGGACGGACCGGACCCUACCGACCUUAAUUGUGCGGCCGCGUGGGUGGCACUUGGUUGAGAAACAUGUCACCGUGGACGGGGAGCCCAUCUCCGGAUCCCUGUUCGAUUUCGGGCUGUACUUUUUCCACAACGCUGUCGAGGCGACGAAGCAGGGCUUCGGUCCGUACUUCUACCUGCCCAAGCUAGAGUCGCACCUGGAGGCGCGUCUGUGGAACGACGUCUUCAACCUGGCGCAGGACACCCUCGGCGUGCGACGCGGCACGAUCCGGGCUACAGUCCUGAUCGAGACGAUCCUGGCCGCUUUCGAGAUGGAGGAGAUCAUCUACGAGCUGCGCGACCACAGCUCCGGCCUCAACUGCGGCCGCUGGGACUACAUCUUCAGCACGAUCAAGAAGUUCCGCCAGAACAGCAACUUCGUGCUGCCCGAUCGUGGCUCCGUUACCAUGACGGUGCCCUUCAUGGAUGCCUACGUCAAGCUGCUAAUCCAGACGUGCCACCGCCGUGGGGUGCACGCCAUGGGUGGCAUGGCUGCUCAGAUCCCCAUCAAGGAUGAUAAGGAGGCGAACGAUCGCGCGAUGGAGGGCGUGCGGGCCGACAAGCUGCGCGAGGUGCGCGCCGGCCACGACGGAACGUGGGUGGCGCACCCGGCACUGGCUUCCAUCGCGUCCGAGAUCUUUAACAAGCACAUGCCGACGGCGAACCAGCUAUUCCGACGGCGCGAGGAUGUGGUCGUGGGUCAGAACGACUUGCUCAAUAUGAAUGUACCCGGUAAGGUCACCGAGGAGGGUAUCCGCAAGAACCUCAGCAUCGGCCUCGGCUACAUGGAGGCCUGGAUUCGCGGUGUCGGCUGCGUGCCCAUCAACUACCUGAUGGAGGACGCAGCGACGGCCGAGGUAUCGCGGUCGCAGUUGUGGCAGUGGGUGCGGCACGGAGUGACGACGGCGGAGGGCAAGAAGGUAGAUAAGGCGUACGCGCUGCAGCUGCUGCGAGAACAGACUGAGAAGCUGGCCGCUGCGGCGCCCAAAGGCCACCGGUACGCGCUCGCGUCGCAGUACUUCGCCGGGCAGGUAACUGGCGAGGAUUACGCUGACUUCCUCACGACGCUGCUGUACGACGAGAUUACGUCUGUGGGUAACGCCGCGCCCGCGAGCAAGCUAUAGGUGAGACAAGCAAGAUGGUUGUCUGGGGAAAAGAUGGAGAGAGAAAGAUAGCGGCUUGCGAGGUGAAAGUUGUAAAUACCUGGGAAGAAUGGCUUAAGGGGAAAGGAUGUUCAACCGGUAAUCGGCGACCGAUGGCUCUAGGCAAUCAUAUGCAUUUGAACCGAGUUCCGGUUUUCGCCAUAACUGGAUAUAUAUUUUAUAUAAACA